CUUGCGGCGCGCAUGAGCAGAGAGGCUGGAGAUCACGGGGCGGUAACAUUGUAGUACAUCCCCUCUGGUUCUGGGCUUCACGCGCGUUUUCGCAACUCAGGCAGACAAGAGGGCGUCCGCACUCUGGCCGUAAACCCCUUUCCUACCUGAGCAGAGCGAGCCGGGGCGGCGAGCCGGGCCUCACCAUGGCCGCGAAUUAUUCUAAUAUGAGCAAUAGAAGAGAACACGUCAAAAUUACGACUGACCCCCAGCCAGGCUUCCUGGAGCGGCUGAGCGAGACCUCGGGUGGGAUGUUUGUGGGGCUCGUGACCUUCCUACUCUCCUUCUACUUAAUUUUUACCAAUGAGGGUCGCGCGUUGAAGACAGCAACCGCCCUGGCUGAGGGGCUCUCACUUGUGGUGUCCCCUGACAGCAUCCACAGUGUGGCUCCGGAGAACGAGGGGAGGCUGGUGCACAUCAUUGGGGCCCUGCGGACAUCCAAGCUCUUGUCUGAUCCGAACUAUGGGGUCCACAUUCCGGCUGUGAAGCUGCGGCGGCACGUGGAGAUGUACCAGUGGGUGGAGACGGAGGAGUCCAGAGAUUAUACUGAGGACGGGCAGGUGAAAACAGAGAGGAAGUACUCCUACAACCCUGAAUGGCGGUCGGAAAUCGUCAACAGCAGAAACUUCGACCGAGAGAUUGGCCACAAAAACCCUAGUGCGAUGGCCGUGGAGUCGUUCACAGCAACAGCCCCCUUCGUCCAGAUUGGCAGGUUUUUCCUCUCGGCAGGCCUCAUUGACAAAGUCGACAACUUCAAGCCACUGAGCCUGUCCAAGCUGGAGGACCCACACGUGGACAUCAUUCGCCGGGGAGACUAUUUCUACCACAGUGAAAACCCCAAAUACCCAGAGGUCGGAGACAUUCGAGUUUCCUUCUCCUAUGCCGGGCUGAGCAGCGACGACCCUGACCUGGGUCCAGCUCAUGUGGUCACUGUGAUUGCCCGGCAGCGAGGUGACCAGCUAGUCUCAUAUUCCACCAAGUCUGGGGACACCUUGCUUCUCCUGCACCAUGGGGACUUCUCAGCCGAGGAGGUGUUUCUUAGAGAACAAAAGAGCAACUCCAUGAAGACAUGGGGCCUGCGGGCUGCUGGUUGGAUGGCCAUGUUUAUGGGCCUUAACCUCAUGACACGGAUCCUCUAUACCCUGGUGGACUGGUUUCCUGUCUUCCGAGACUUGGUCAACAUUGGCCUGAAGGCCUUUGCCUUCUGUGUGGCCACCUCACUGACCCUGCUGACCGUGGCUGCUGGCUGGCUCUUCUACCGGCCCCUGUGGGCCCUCUUCAUCGCCUGUCUGGCCCUGGUGCCCAUCAUCAUUGCUCGGACACGGGUGCCAGCCAAAAAGCUGGAGUGAAACAGGCCCUGGCACCUACACAACACCCGUUUGAGUUUCAGGAUCCAGGUCACCCCGUGCCCCCUCCUCUGACCCUGCUCCACACCAGAGCAUGAGUCCGCACUGGUUUUAGAUUCUGCACCUGCUCCACUCUUCAAGGGGCCAGACUUGGCAGCGUGCCCUUACGUCGGAUUUGGUGUUCAUCUGUUAAGUCUCUCCAUCCCUUGUCUUGUCAGUGAGCAGCUUUGAUGGGCAGAAGGCAGCUCCUAUCUGGCGGCAUGACAAGCGUUCUCCCACUUGUUUUCCCUCUUCUCUUGGGACUGUGUGUGGCUGGUUGCAUGCAUCAUCUAGCCGGUGUCUUCAGAUAUCCAGGUGACACUCAGAGACCUGCUGCCUUACCCCCUCCUGCCUCUCCUCCUCUGAGAUGAGUGCCAGGUUCUGCCACACUAGCCGCUCCCUUGAUACUAAAGGGCCACGUUUAUCAGCUGUCUCUAAUUGGUGCUGUAUUGCCAAGACAGACUAAGCCCUUACCCUGCAAAGCAGGGUCACUAUAAACCCAGUUUGUGGCUAGAACUUGAUUUGAUACUUCAAAAAAGCAAAUCCACUGGUUUGACCUGAGGGAAAUUGGACAUCGGUUGGGCUUUACUCUUUUUAUGGAUUUGGCAGAAUCUCCUUAGUGUAUAGUAUCUCCAAAG